AUGCCAAGCGUCAUUGCCUCUCACGAAUACCCGGAAGCAUUCCAAGUAGACACAAACGACGCUUAUGCCCGCCUCCAAUAUUUCUUCGAUGUGGCCACCUACUUUGGAUCGCUCGACCACCAAACCUUCCAGGUGGUCAAGGACAGUUGCAUAGAGCGAGUAUGUAACGAUUUUGAAAGAAUGGUCUGCCACCUUGGAGAAGAAGCGCCCGAGUUUCCAUGGACCCUGGACCAGUUCCCACGCCGCGAGCGCAAUCUUCCGGACAUCUAUCGAGAAUGGCUUAUUGCCAAUGACCUGGUGGCUAUGUAUUGGGGGCCUCACUCUAUUUCUCGCUCAGAGGACGGCAAUUGA